AUGGGGACUUUUUGGAAUACUCAGCCGGUAGAUCGUGGAGCCCCUGAGGGUAUAAUUGACAACUCAAAAAGAGCUAAAAACAUUCCAGUUUUUUUACCUACAGGUUUUAGCUGGUCAAAAAUAUGUGACAUUUCCAAGAUCGUUGCCUUUUUAGAAGAGUUUUAUGUUGAGGAUAUCACUUCCUCCUAUCGCCUUUCAUAUCCGCCUGAGUUUUUUGAAUUUCUAUUUGCUUCUCCUAGCCACAGGGAAGAGUAUAGCCUUGGGCUAUUUUUUGAAAAUAGGCUAAUAGGAUAUGUCCUAGCCAGAGAACAUUUAAUGUCGCUUAGAGCUCAGUCCUACCGAAUUGUAAGUGUAAAUUUUUUGUGUUUGGCAAAAGAGUAUAGAAAUAAAAAUUUUGCACCUUUAAUGAUCAAGGAAAUUACCAGAAUUGCAAAUAUCAACGGUAUUUUCCAAGCCAUUUUUACUGCAGAGAAAGACUAUGGUUUUAGUAUUUUGAAAGCAUCGUAUUUCCACUAUCCAAUGAAUAAGGAAGUGCUGCUGAAGACAGGAAUAGUUGAUAGUCCUGAUGAAGUAAGAGAUAUUCCGCAGUGCCGAGAUGACACGAAGCUGGCUACUGAGUACAGUGAAAUCAAAAACAUUUAUAACAAAAUGAGCCAAAAAUUUACCAUUUUUGAAAAGUUUGACGACGAAUCCUUUGUGCAGGUUUUUAGAGGUGAAAAAAAUGUUUUACAAACCGUUUAUAACGAAAAGGCGGGGGAGUUUGCAUCUUUUUACAUUGUUUAUACAAAAUGCUUAUCGUCGAAUAUUUUACUAAAACGCGCGUACCUUUACUACUGGUAUGGUUCGAUAGAAAUCAUAACUGAUUCUGUCUCAAUUGCACAUUCGCUAGGAGCAGACAUGUUUGAUGUUUUAGAUAUUGCAAACAACCACCAGUUGAUUAAAAAACUGAAAUUGGCCGAGGGUACGGGGUCACUCAAGUACCAUGUUUUCAACAUCAAGGAAGAACCAAUUCAAAAUGAAAAAUUGAAUUUUAUUUUGUUUUAA